UCAUUAUUUCUAUUGUCGCAAUAAGACACCUUCGCUCCAAAGCACAAGUCACCUGGUUUCUCUGGCCAACAUAGUAUUUGAUAUCCGUUCAAAGAUGGCAACGACUACAGGAAAUCAGGGCUGGGCGCAACUUCGACAGCAAGCCCGAGGUCUUGAGUCCCAGACUGAGUCGCUCUUCCACACAUACUCGCAGUUUUCUACAGUUUCGAAUAUCCCGCCGAAGCCGACUAAGGAGGAGAGGGAGACAGAAGUAAAAUUAGAGGACCUCUUACAGAAACGAGAGGUUGUCAUUGACCAACUUGGGCGGUUGCUUGAUUCCGAAGCAAGCUUAACAUCUUCAGCCUUGAAACAAAACAACUUGUCACUUCUCCGUGAAAAGCUAGCGGAACACCGGCGUGACCUUGGCCGUCUGAAAUCGAAAUUACAUGAAGCGCGCAACCGCGCGAAUCUGCUAUCAAACGUGCGGGAUGACAUUGAGAGUUACCGCGCCAACAAUCCAGAAGCGGCCGAGGCCGAAUAUAUGUUGGAUGAGCGGAACCGAAUCGACAACUCUCACAACAUGGUGGACAGCGUAUUAAGCCAGGCGUACGCUACAAACGAGAGUUUCAACUUGCAGCGUGAGACGCUCGCUAGCAUCAACCGCCGGAUUACAUUAGCCGCAAGCCAAGUCCCCGGGCUCAAUACGCUCAUUGGGAAAAUCUCGGCGAGAAAACGUCGCGAUGGCUUUAUUAUGGGCGGGUUCAUUGCGUUCUGUUUUAUAGUCUUUUUCUUUUUCUUGUAAGAAAAUACUCGUCCUGAGAUGGAAGAAAAGGUUCUCGAGCUCCCUAUUUGUAUGAUUUCUGGCAUUGGGGAUGUUUCAUUUGAGGCGUUUGCAGACAGCAUUGUUUAUUCUGCCAGGCAAGGCGUUGUGGUGCGGUCCAUAUCAAAACAGGGUAUAAUAUUGAAUUACCAGCCAAGCCCAUGAGGCUACUCACAUAUGCAUUCACGCAAGAAGAACUAUAAUCAUCGUGUCCGUUUUU